AUGUUCGGCACGGCGAGUGUGGCACUGGUCAGGUGUGCUUGCUGCCACUCUUUACUCAUCAAGAAGUGUCCGACGAAAUCUGGUCAUGAGAUAGCAAUCGCUAUUAAGAUGGGUGGAGCUUAUGACAGAGUGGCGCUCAAUUGGCAGCGGCGAAAACGAUUGGCAUCAGCGGCGCAACCAAUCACGUUACAAUUCGCAGGCAAGCAACGCCUAAUGCUUAAUGCUGAGUGCGAGGUUCUGACCGGCGCAGGGCGCAACAGCUUGUUACAGCGCGUAUCAACUCGCACCCGUUCCUCGUCGGUGACAGUGACCGAAGAUGAUGUGAAGCCUGGCGGACGACGUUGCACAAGUCAUGGCUGCCACUGCUCCAAAAAGUAA